AUGCGACUUCAACGACUCGUUUUCUUAUUGGGUGUCGUCAUCCUCGCAAGCUUAUCGGUUGUCUUUCUCAGAAGAAGCCAUCAUGAUUCCGACUUACCCCUCAAUCAGCCUCCUCCAGCUACUCCACGCCCUCCUGCACAUAUUUCCACCAAUUUGCAGCAGCAGAAACAGUUGCCAGAAAGUCCCGCGACAACACCCUUUUCCGGAGAUCAGCACCCAAUCGCCACUCUCGUCGAAAAUGCAGAGCACGAAUUCGAACAGUUGCAUUCGCGCCAGUCCAAGACUCUGACCGACGCCGUCAAUGAAUACCGUCGUCGAUAUAAUAUGCACCCCCCGCCGCAUUUCGAUAGGUGGUUUCAGUUCGCUCAAUCGAGGGGUGUCCAAUUGAUUGAUGAAUACGACACGAUUUACCACUCCUUGCUACCUUUUUGGGCGAUCGAGCCAAAGCUGAUUCGUGAACGUGCGCGCGAGACGCUUGGGUAUGACAAUGCUGUGAUUGGAUUGCUCAUCAGAAAUGGAAAGGUCACUCUGGUAGAAGGAGGUGGUGACGAACACAAAUGGCAGCGAGAUGCUACUGCUGGGAUGAUGAGUGACUUUGUGAAGUUUCUACCAGAUAUGGACCUCGUUUUCAAUACCCACGAUGAGCCUCGAGUCGUCAUUCCAAGCGAUGAUCUGCGCAGGAUGGUCAGUGUUGCGAAGGACAGUGUCCUCCCGAAAUCCUUCCAGAAUCAAUCGCCGACGAACGCGUGGUCGCCUCGGCCCAAAGAUCUGAACAAGGGUGACCGGAUCGACGAAGUGCGUACGACACGUUUCAAUCGCUAUGCACAUCAGCCCACAUGGACCGACUCUCGAGCUUCCUGCUCGGUGGACAGCCCCGCCCGAUCCCUGGACGAGAAUGCGCCUGAUAAUGUCAGGGCCUACGAACGUGGAGAUCCGGGUUUUAUCUACAAUACCACUGCCUUUUCCGAUAUCUGCAAUACUCCGUCAUUGAGAAAAACUUACGGCUUUUUUGACCGUGCAAACGCCUUUGACGUCGUUCACGAUCUAUUUCCAAUUUUCUCGCAGAGCAAAAUCUCCAGCUUUCAGGAUAUCCUCUAUCCAAGUCCCUGGUACUGGGCUAACAUGGUUCCCUACGCGGAGGGAGCGGAUUACCCUUGGGACGAGAAGCAAGAAAAGAUGUACUGGAGGGGUUCCACAACCGGAGGUUUCUCUCGGGCUGGUGGCUGGCGGCGGCAACACCGUCAGAUUUUUGUCGGCAACAGCAAUAGCCUGGGCAAUGCCAAGGUUCUUGCUAAAACCACUGACGGUAAUUGGCAAACCAAGGAAGUCAGCCGCGCAGAGUAUCGUGAUCUGUUCGACAUUAGGUUUUCGUCCAUCGGGCAAUGUGACCCGAACGACUGCGAUGCUCAGAGGGAAUUCUUUGACAUCGUGGAUGCGGCUGAUCAGCAGGAUGCAUGGACUUACAAGUAUCUAAUCGAUAUCGACGGGAACGCAUUCAGUGGCCGGUAUUACGCCUUUUUGCACAGCAACAGUCUAGUUUGCAAGGUGGCUAUUUUUCGUGAAUGGCACGACGAGUGGAUCAAACCCUGGGUACACUACGUUCCUCUGAGCUUGACGGGCGACGAGUACGUCGAGAUGAUGCGGUACUUUGUCGCUGAAGAUGAGGGCAAAAACAUGGCGGCAAAGAUUGCGCGACAAGGCCAGGACUGGGCCCAGAAAGCAUUACGAAAUGACGAUAUUGAAGUGUGGUUCUUCAGACUGUUGCUAGAGUAA